AUGCUGUGCGCGCCCCUAACACAUGUACGCCGCAUCCUCGGCGAAGGAAUCACCACGGUUGGCGACGAAAUGUUUGUCUUAAAAAUUGGAUUCCUCAAACUCGAAAAGAGAAGAAGCAUAAGGAAGGGAAUUUUUUUCUUCAACAGUGCAAAUCAGUCAAAUGCUAAAUUUCCAAAUAAGUCUGGGGACACAAAUGAGAAAUGCGGAAAUGAGUUCCAUUUUCAGGGAAAUUUUUCUCCCAAUUUUGAAAAUUUAAAUUUGCAAAAUUUAAAUAACAGGCAAGUGCUAUACUAUCUAGGAUACUGCAGUAAGAAUAAGUUACUAAAAUUGCACCUCCUAAAUUCGACCAUGAAAGAUUUGCACAGCUUAGUGCUAAAUAGUGUAAAUUGCAUUUCUACUGAUUUUCAACAAAAUAAAAAAAAUAUAUUAAAUCCAGAGUGUUAUCAGGAGGGGGUGAAAAACAUUCCAAAGAAACCUUUUUUCGACAUUCACGAUUUGGUAAAGGUUUAUUUAAACAUUUGUUACAUUAAUUCAUAUUUUUUUUUGAAGACAAAGCGGGAAAACUAUGGCGACAGCGGUUGCUCUUCUUUCCCCCAAAGUUGUGGCUACAAUGAUGGUGAUAAAAAUGGACACAUGUUAAUUAAAAAGUACACAUCCUUAAACGAGAAAAAAAAUGUGAAAAAAUGUGAAGGGAAUGGAAAGAAUGAUAUAGACAACUCACUCAGAAGGGACAACAUAUUUAUAUAUACCAAUGUCCAGAACAGGAACAUGGAAGCGUCUAAUGAGUUUGUGUGCAACGAACAUGUAAAAAAUAUAUUUCAUUUGUUAUCCAUUUUUUUUCUUCAAAAUGUGAACAUUCUGAACGACCAUUAUUUGUGUCGAAUUUUUUAUGGAUACAAUAAAAGCAAAUUUGUGAAUGAGCGAUAUUUGAACAAUUUAAGUUUUGAAAUUAUCAAAAGGAUAAAAAAAAUAAGGACCUACCAUUUAUACUUAAUAUUGAUGAAUUCGUAUUAUCUCAGUUAUGUGGACAAAACUUUUGUAAAAAUUUUACUUAUUCAUAUUGUUAAUAAACUUUCCCAGUUGCCUUGUGAAGCCAUGUGCCAAGUUUUACCCGUCGUUCCCUUAUUUAUUCACUCUGAAAAAUUUACUUACAAAAUUAACGUCAUAUAUGCGAAAAAAAUUGCCAGCUUCAAUCAAGUCGGUCAUGUUGUUAGCUUGUUUAAAAAAAUGGUACAGUGGAAAAUGAUAUCCCAAAGAAAUAUACUCAUCACCUUUAGUCAUUUAAACAAAUUUAUGAAAGUUAGAAAGGGGCCUCUCAAAGGGAAUGUCCACAGAGCAACUUCCCUCCACCAGGGGAAAUCAGGCAAAGGGGGAGUCACUCCCAAGCCUACUUCCCAGACCCCGCAUGACGAACAAAUGAUAAAUAACGUACUGGAAAACUUCAACUCAUUUGACGGCAGGGUCACACGAGGAAAUGAUAUAAAAUUUCCAGUGAGAGACACCUCAAGAGGGAGAAGCAAACUUCCACAUGAUUACACCAAUGUUAAAGGGUCACCUGAAAAGGGCACUGAUAAUGUAGCCCCGCCAGGGCAUUUUCACUCCACAGCGGAGAAAAUGUUUUCAUUUGAACAGGAGCUGAUGAGAUGCAGCAAAACAUCUCCCGGGGAAAAGAACCCCAGCGUAAUAUUUGGACGUGAAAACGGGGAAGGUGAAAAAUGCGACAGGGAAACACCCCACAGUGAGAGCACCUGCAAAGACAAGGCGAAAACGCACAAGGGGGACAACCUCCUCUUCAACCUAAAACUCAUCGAAAUGCACCUGUUACACGACUUCAAAAAUAUAUACUGCCUUCUCCCGAGUGAUUAUAAAAACUUUCUUCAAAAAAUUCGGACUCUUCCAUGUAGCGUUAACAAAAAUAUGCAAGGAGAAAAAGAAAUUUACAUUUUAAAGAAAUAUAUGAAAAUGCUAAAUUAUGAAUUUAUCACAUUCAUCCAUGGUCCUUAUGUUCUGCACAUAUGUGAUCCCUUCUACAAAAUUUAUCUGGAGUGGGAGAAUGGAUGGAAAUUAUAUCCACUGUAUCAGCAAAAUGCGGAAAGACAUUUCCGAGAAAAUAAAAUCACGCACUUGAGAAAAGAAGGCUUCAGUGAAAUUCUCAUUUGCCAUGAUGCCUUUGCGAAUUGUCCAAGUGACGAAGAAAAAAUGAACUAUCUCAGUUCAGUUUUGCAGCGCACAAAAUUCUCCAAGUGUAGUUCCAUCAUUUGUGGGCCGGCUGCGAUUGCACCCCCUCCCGUAGUGUCUCCGGACAUUUACCUCUGA